CGCAGAGGGAGUGGGACUCCACGUCCCUCCCCAUAGUCCCUCCUUUUUUUUUUCCCCCCUCUCCCCUCAAUUCCUUACGCCCCUCCUCUUCCCUUCUGCUCCUAAUCAGAGACCGCCUUCACGUUCGGUUUCAAAAGGCACGUCACCCAAUGAAUAACGGUGUGGUCCUCGAGUGGCGGACCGGCCUGCCAAUGCCCGGCCGCCAAGGGCGGAGCGCCCGGGGCCGACCUCUGACGGUAGACGGCGUGUGACGCAGUCGGGCCUCUGCGCGCUGCGCCCAAAGCGGCGGUCGGUGGCGGCGGCGGCGGCGACGGUUUCCUGGAGGCCGCGCGCUGCUCUGGUGAGCGGCGGGUGACGGACGGACCUAGGCUCUCACUCCAGACGCACCGCUACAAGCUCUCACUUCAAAACCCUGGUUGGCCUGGAAUUCUCUAUGUAAACCAGGCUUGCCACAGACUCAAAGAGACCACCUACCUCUACCGCUGAGCUUUCUGAAGCAAACACUUGUUUUGAAGAUGUUUAACAAAUCAUUUGGAACCCCCUUUGGGGGUGGUACAGGGGGCUUUGGCACAACGUCAACAUUUGGACAAAAUACUGGCUUUGGUACUACUAGUGGAGGAGCGUUUGGAACAUCUGCUUUUGGUUCUAGCAACAAUACUGGAGGCUUAUUUGGAAAUUCACAGACUAAACCAGGAGGAUUAUUUGGUACUAGUUCAUUUAGCCAGCCAGCAACCUCCACAAGCACUGGUUUUGGGUUUGGCACAUCAACAGGAACAUCAAAUAGUUUGUUUGGAACUGCAAGUACAGGGACCAGUCUUUUCUCAUCCCAGAACAAUGCAUUUGCACAAAAUAAACCAACUGGCUUUGGAAAUUUUGGAACCAGUACUAGCAGUGGAGGACUCUUUGGAACUACAAAUACCACCUCUAAUCCUUUUGGUAGCACAUCUGGCUCUCUCUUUGGGCCAAGUAGUUUUACAGCAGCACCUACAGGAACUACCAUCAAAUUUAAUCCCCCCACUGGUACAGAUACUAUGGUCAAAGCUGGAGUUAGCACUAACAUCAGUACCAAGCAUCAGUGUAUUACUGCUAUGAAAGAAUAUGAAAGCAAGUCAUUAGAGGAACUUCGUUUGGAGGAUUAUCAGGCUAACCGGAAAGGCCCACAGAACCAAGUGGGAGCAGGUACCACAGCUGGCUUAUUUGGGUCUUCUCCAGCAACUUCCAGUGCAACAGGACUCUUCAGCUCCUCCACCACUAAUUCAGCCUUUUCAUAUGGUCAGAACAAAACUGCCUUUGGAACUAGCACAACUGGAUUUGGAACAAAUCCAGGUGGUCUCUUUGGCCAACAGAAUCAACAGACUACCAGUCUCUUCAGCAAACCAUUUGGCCAGGCUACAACCACCCCAAAUACUGGCUUUUCCUUUGGUAAUACCAGUACCCUUGGACAGCCAAGCACCAAUACUAUGGGCUUAUUUGGAGUAACCCAAGCCUCACAGCCAGGAGGUCUUUUUGGGACAGCUACAAACACCAGCACUGGAACAGCAUUUGGGACAGGAACAGGUCUCUUUGGGCAGCCCAAUACUGGAUUUGGUGCAGUUGGUUCGACCCUGUUUGGCAAUAACAAGCUUACAACUUUUGGAACCAGCACAACCAGUGCUCCUUCAUUUGGUACAACCAGUGGCGGGCUCUUCGGUUUUGGCACAAAUAACAGUGGGAGUAGUAUUUUUGGAAGUAAGCCAGCAGCCGGGACUCUGGGAACUGGACUUGGUACAGGAUUUGGAACAGCUCUUGGUGCUGGACAGGCAUCUUUGUUUGGAAACAACCAACCUAAGAUUGGAGGGCCUCUUGGUACAGGAGCCUUUGGGGCCCCUGGAUUUAAUACUUCGACAGCCAUUUUGGGCUUUGGCGCCCCCCAGGCCCCAGUAGCUUUGACAGAUCCAAAUGCUUCUGCUGCCCAGCAGGCUGUUCUUCAGCAACAUCUCAAUAGUCUAACAUACUCACCCUUUGGAGACUCCCCUCUCUUCCGGAAUCCUAUGUCAGAUCCUAAGAAGAAAGAAGAGAGACUGAAACCAACCAAUCCAGCAGCUCAGAAAGCUCUUACCACACCUACUCAUUAUAAACUUACACCUCGUCCUGCCACCAGAGUCAGGCCAAAGGCUUUGCAAACAACAGGUACAACGAAAUCACAUCUCUUUGAUGGGCUGGAUGACGAUGAACCAUCUCUGGCCAACGGAGCAUUCAUGCCUAAAAAGAGCAUCAAGAAGUUGGUUUUGAAAAAUCUUAACAAUAGCAAUCUCUUUUCUCCUGUUAAUCAUGAUUCAGAAGAUCUAGCUUCACCCUCUGAGUAUCCAGAAAAUGGAGAGAGAUUUAGCUUCCUAAGCAAACCUGUUGAUGAGAACCAUCACCAGGAUGGAGAUGAUGACUCUCUUGUAUCACGAUUUUAUACUAAUCCUAUUGCCAAACCCAUUCCACAAACUCCAGAGAGUGCUGGAAACAAAAACAACAGUAGCAGCAAUGUGGAAGAUACUAUUGUUGCUUUGAACAUGCGUGCUGCUUUGCGCAAUGGACUGGAAGGAAGCAGUGAAGAAACAUCUUUUCAUGAUGAGUCAUUGCAAGAUGACCGAGAAGAGACAGAAAAUAAUGCUUACCAUAUACAUCCAGCAGGCAUUGUUCUCACAAAAGUUGGCUAUUAUACUAUCCCAUCUAUGGAUGACCUUGCUAAAAUUACCAAUGAGAAGGGAGAAUGCAUUGUUUCUGACUUCACCAUUGGCCGUAAAGGGUAUGGCUCAAUCUAUUUUGAAGGAGAUGUGAAUUUGACAAAUCUAAAUUUGGACGAUAUUGUGCACAUCCGGAGGAAAGAAGUUAUUGUCUAUGUAGAUGAUAACCAAAAGCCACCUGUGGGUGAAGGGCUAAAUAGGAAGGCUGAAGUUACUUUGGAUGGAGUUUGGCCAACAGAUAAAACAUCCCGGUGUUUAAUAAAGAGUCCAGAUCGACUUGCUGAUAUCAACUAUGAGGGGAGAUUAGAAGCAGUCUCAAGAAAGCAAGGGGCCCAAUUCAAAGAGUAUCGGCCUGAAACUGGUUCUUGGGUGUUUAAGGUCUCCCAUUUUUCUAAGUAUGGCCUUCAGGAUUCUGAUGAAGAGGAGGAGGAACACCCACCCAAAACUACUUCAAAGAAGCUGAAGACUGCCCCUUUGCCCCCUGCAGGCCAGGCACCCACUUUCCAGAUGACUCUUAAUGGCAAACCCGCACCCCCACCUCAGAGCCAGAGCCCAGAAGUGGAGCAGUUAGGCAGGGUUGUGGAACUGGACAGUGACAUGGUAGAUAUCACCCAGGAGCCAGUUCCGGAUUCUGUGUUAGAAGAAAGUGUGCCUGAGGAUCAGGAGCCUGUGUCUGCUUCAACACAUAUUGCAUCUUCACUGGGAAUUAAUCCACAUGUUUUACAGAUCAUGAAAGCAUCAUUGCUUGUUGAUGAAGAAGAUGUAGAUGCCAUGGAUCCACGCUUCGGUCACUUCCCUUCAAAAGGAGAGACUGUUCAGGAAGUCUGUUCUCCUAGACUUCCCAUUUCAGCCUCCCACUCAUCAAAAUCCCGCUCUAUAGUUGGUGGGUUGCUGCAAUCAAAGUUUGCAAGUGGAACCUUUCUUUCACCAAGUGCCUCCGUGCAAGAAUGUCGCACUCCCAGAGCAUCGUCUCUCAUGAAUGUCCCAUCCACAUCCCCCUGGUCUGUUCCUCUGCCCCUGGCCACGGUGUUCACAGUGCCCAGCCCGGCUCCUGAGGUUCAGCUAAAAACAGUGGGGAUACGCAGACAACCAGGCCUAGUUCCUCUUGAAAAAUCUAUUACAUAUGGCAAGGGGAAACUCUUGAUGGACAUGGCCCUCUUCAUGGGACGUUCGUUUCGGGUUGGUUGGGGUCCCAACUGGACUCUUGCUAAUAGUGGAGAACAACUGCAUGGCUCUCAGGAACUGGAAAGUCAUCAGGUUGCUGAUUCUGUGGAAUACGGAUUCCUGCCCAAUCCAGUAGCUGUUAAAUCUCUAUCUGAAUCCCCAUUCAAAGUUCAUUUGGAAAAACUUGGCUUGAGACAGAGGAAACUGGAUGAAGAUCUGCAGUUAUACCAGACACCUCUAGAGCUCAAAUUAAAACAUAGCACUGUCCAUGUAGAUGAGCUGUGUCCUCUCAUUGUCCCCAAUCCUGGGGUUUCAGUCAUUCAUGAUUAUGCAGAUUGGGUUAAGGAAUCACCCAAAGAUUUACUGGAACUACCAAUUGUGAAGCACUGGAGCCUGACAUGGACAUUAUGUGAAGCCCUGUGGGGCCACCUGAAGGAGCUUGACAGCCAGCUGGAUGAGCCCAGUGAAUACAUUCAGACUCUAGAGCGAAGAAGAGCUUUUUCCCGCUGGCUGUCCCAUACUGCUGCACCUCAGAUUGAAGAGGAAGUCUCCUUAACCCGCAGAGACAGUCCCAUAGAGGCUGUCUUCAGCUACCUCACAGGCAGUAGGAUUAGUGAGGCCUGUUGUCUAGCACAGCAGUCAGGUGAUCAUCGCCUUGCCCUUCUUUUGUCUCAGUUGGUGGGAAGCCAAUCAGUCCGUGAGCUGCUCACCAUGCAGUUGGCCGAUUGGCAUCAGCUCCAGGCUGACUCCUUCAUCCAUGAUGAGAGAUUGCGCAUAUUUGCCCUGUUAGCUGGAAAACCGGUGUGGCAGCUCUCAGAACAGAAACAAAUCAAUGUAUGCUCCCAGCUAGAUUGGAAACGAACACUUGGUAUCCAUCUUUGGUAUUUGCUUCCACCAACUGCCUCCAUUUCCAGGGCUCUCAGCAUGUAUGAAGAAGCAUUUCAGAAUACUUCUGAGGGUGAUAAAUAUGCCUGCUCCCCUCUUCCCUCUUACCUGGAGGGCUGUGGCUUUACAGUAGAGGAAGAAAAAGACUCCCGGAGACCACUGCAAGAUGUUUGCUUUCAUCUUCUGAAACUCUACAGUGACAGACAUUAUGAUCUCAAUCAGCUAUUGGAACCCCGAAGCAUAACUGCAGAUCCUUUGGACUACCGCCUAAGCUGGCACCUUUGGGAAGUGCUGCGUGCUCUUAACUAUACCCAUCUCUCAGAACAGUGUGAGGGUGUGUUACAGGCCAGUUAUGCUGGCCAACUGGAAAGUGAAGGACUCUGGGAAUGGGCCAUCUUUGUCUUCCUGCACAUUGACAACUCGAGCAUGCGUGAGAAGGCUGUUCGAGAGCUGCUGACUCGGCACUGCCAACUGUCAGAGACGCCUGAGUCUUGGGCUAAGGAGACUUUCCUUACACAGAAGCUUUGUGUGCCUGCUGAGUGGAUUCAUGAGGCCAAAGCAGUUCGAGCACACAUGGAAUCCAAUAAGCACUUGGAGGCCCUCUAUUUAUUUAAAGCUGGUCACUGGAACCGCUGCCACAAACUAGUCAUUCGGCACCUAGCUUCUGAUGCCAUUAUUAAUGAGAACUAUGACUACCUGAAAGGAUUCUUAGAAGAUCUGGCACCUCCAGAGCGCAGCAGCCUAAUUCAGGACUGGGAAACAUCUGGGCUCGUUUACCUGGAUUAUAUUCGAGUAAUUGAAAUGCUCCACCAUAUCCAACAGGUGGAUUGCUCAGGUUAUGAACUAGAGCACUUACAUACCAAAGUGACUUCACUGUGCAACCGGAUAGAGCAGAUUCCGUGUUACAAUGCCAAGGAUCGCCUGGCUCAGUCAGAUAUGGCCAAGCGGGUAGCCAACUUACUGCGGGUAGUACUGAGCCUUCAGCAUGCUCCUGAUGCCACCUCCAACUCAACUCCAGACCCUCAGCGAGUCCCUUUGCGUCUUUUGGCUCCCCACAUUGGCAGGCUCCCCAUGCCUGAGGACUAUGCUUUGGAGGAACUGCGAGGCCUUACCCAGUCCUACCUUCGAGAACUGACUGUUGGGAGCCAGUGAGCCUGGCUCUUGCCACCACACUCAUGCCCAUUCACACUCGACACACACAGUCCCCAGCACUGUUUUAAUUGACACUUUGCCAAUCUCUGGGAAUCCUCCGUUCCUUUCUACUGCCCUAAGCAGCAUCCUCUAGUUAUUUAGGGGUUUUCCAAAUACUGAGCAUAGCCUACAAUAGCUUAUAAGGGCUUCAGGAACAACAACAAAAAAGACAGGUCUCCAUUUAUCAACCUCAAGACCAUUCGAUUUUUUCUUUUUCUUUUGAAAAAUGGUCAAUAAAACCUCUUUGGCAGAACCUCCCAAAACCCAGGGAAUUCUUUUCUACACCCAGAGCCCUGACUCUCACCCCAUGCCAGCAUCUUACCUCCACCACUGCAAUCCUUUUGUACCAUGACUGUUUGACAGACGUCUGAUAUAUGGCUGACUGACCUUCCCUGACAGAUUUGUCCUUCAAGUAGAUUUCUCAGUUAACAGUGGGUUUGGGAGUCAAAAGAGAGUUGAACCUUGUUCUUUGGUAUAUUUAAGAUAGAAGAGUUAUCUGCCAUGGAGGCAGAAAUCUUCAAGGCUUUUACUCAUGCCUUGCAUAUCCUUUGGACACCUUAUUAUCAUGUGCAGUGGCCCCAAGCCACAGAGAACAACUUUUGAGAAGCCCCAGAACUGCUCUGGCCCUUGAUCAUCAGUCAUCUUCCUCGAUUUGCCAGAGGAGUUUAGAUGAAGAAUGUCAAGGGUGUUCCUUCCUGCCCUUCAGUCUAGCCAAAAACAUUUCCCAGAAGGUAAAACUCACGGAGACACUCUGGCUAGGCCCUAGGGGCAGAUAGAGAAAGCCUUCACCUCAUUGCUGCUGGCUAUGGGAAGUCCCAGGCAUUAACCUGAAACAGUUGAUAUUUGGGGCUGUCACAGACAAUAUGGCUACCCCUGGGUCUUUAUGCAUGAAGAUUAUGUAAAGGUUUUUAUUAAAAAAUAUAUAUAUGUAUAAAUGAUCUAGAUUAUUUUCCUCUUUCUGAAGUACUUUCUUAAAAAAAAAUAAAAUGAAAUGUUUAUAGUA